UAUGCAUAAAGGAGAUUAAGAUGGUGGUUAAUGGCAAGAGUCUGUUUUUCCUGAUGUUUCUUUUUCUUAAAAUCCAGGGUCAAGAACGAGCCUUCAAUGACAAGAUGACUCUCAGUCUCCCUGAUUCCUACAACAUUGGCUGGAUGCAAACUCUGGAUGAUCACCAGUUAAUUUCUGACAUCACCAUUCCUGGUACCCAUGACACCAUGGCUCUUUAUGGAGGACCGGCGGCAGAAUGCCAGAAAUUGUCUCUGGAGGACCAGCUGAUGGCUGGGAUACGCUACUUGGAUCUGAGAGUGUUUGCUUCUGAAAAAAAGUUGUAUGUCAUGCACGGAGUGAUUUAUGAACAUUCAUCAUUCCCCAAGGUUCUUAAAACGAUCAAGGCAUUUCUGUCCGAAUUCAGGAGUGAAACGGUGCUCGUCCGAGUAAAACCUGACUUGUUUGAUAAAAGCAAUGUUCAGGUGCUGAUUCAAAACAUGAUCGAAAAUGACAGCGAUUUCUGGAUUCAAUCUUUGAUACCAACUAUGGGUGAUGUUAGAGGUAAGAUUGUUUUUGUUCAGAAAGACAGCUUUAAGAUGGGUGUCCCUCUGUUGGAAACGGACACAAAAGGAGAUUAUGAAGUCACUCACGUUGAAGAAAAGGAGAAUGACAUUCGAGAGAAUCUGAGAAAAGCUAAUGAGUAUUGUGGAGAUGAUCUUCAAAGUUCUGUUGUUCUGACCUAUUCUAGCGGCACAGGCAUUGGUACACUGGGAGGGAUGUUUUUAACACCAAAAAGAAUAGCUAAGGAAAUCAACCCCUGGCUGUAUGGAUAUCUUGAUGAGGUGUCGUCUAAAAAUCCUAAGAUUUGUUUUGGUGUCGUAGCAAUGGACUUUCCGGGCUUUGAUUUAAUUCAAAUGGUCAUUAAUUUCAAUAACUAAUGUUCUCGCUAAUUCUGUUUU